AUGAGUAAGGAAUUCGGACAGGCAGUGACCACGGGGUUUCCAGAUGUCUUCUCAGAGUCUUUGAAGUUUAAAGAUCGACCCAGAGCAAGGCAACCGCCGGUUGCAUGUCAGCCCAGCAACCCCCAGCAGGCCCACCCCCCCCCAGAGUCUAUAGACCCCAGUGAAGAGACCACAGACACAGAGGACAAUGAGGAGGAGGACCUGGGAGUUAGAGAGGACCAAAGGAACAUUAUCCUUCACCUGCUGUCACAGCUAAAACUGGGCAUGGACCUCACACGGGUGGUACUCCCUACCUUUAUCCUAGAGAAGCGUUCCCUCCUGGAGAUGUAUGCUAACUUCAUGGCUCACCCAGACAUGUUCCUGGCCAUCACCACGGGAACCACCCCAGAGGAGCGCAUCGUCCGAUUCGUCGAAUACUACCUAACCGCCUUCCACGAGGGACGCAAGGGUGCCGUGGCCAAGAAACCCUACAAUCCCAUCCUGGGAGAGAGCUUCAGGUGUUCCUGGGACGUCCCCAGAGAGAGAGUCCACCCACUUAGGACCAUGAGCUCUGCCCCUAACACUAACACCACACCCACUUCAAACCCCACCCCUAAUCCCGCCUCUUCCUCUAGAGGAUCUUCCCCUAAUCCCGCCUCUUCCUCUAGAGGCUCUUCCCCUAACCCCGCCUCUUCCUCUAGAGGCUCUUCCCCUAACCCCGCCUCUUCCUCUAGAGACUCCCCCCGGACAGGGACGGAGGGCGGGGGGGCUCAGACAGUGGACUGUUACCGGGUAAGGUUCGUGGCGGAGCAGGUAUCACACCACCCACCUGUCACUGGGUUCUACUGCGAGUGUGAAGAG